AUGGCUUGCAAGGAAUGUGACAUUGGAACAUCAUCAAUCUAUCAACAAGAUUUCAAAUGCAACAAGUGGUCAUUAAAGCAAUCUGCAACCAACCCAAAGUGUCGUCUAAGAGCUAACAUUCAUGAUGAGAGCGGAUCAAUCCAAGCUAGCAUUUUCAGUAGCAUCACAGAAAAGAUAUUGGGUUUCACUGCAACAGAAAUCGUCGAGAACCCUAAAAAGCCUCCGCCGUUAUUCAAUUGUCCAGAGACGACAUUGGCUCCACUCUGCAAUUUCCCCCCAACCACCGUUACUCUUUCUGCCAGUCUCCGCCAUUAUUCAAUUGUCCAGAGACGACGUCGGCUCUGCAAGGUAGGACAAAAGAGUGAAGCUCCGCCGGUGGGAAUGACAAAAGGAUUAAUUGGUUGGGCCGUCUAUUUAUUCCAGCCCACAACAUCGUCAAUUCAUCUUCACCAGCCUCCUCGUUCUCAGAAUUACCUUCUCCCAACUUUUUUCUCUGCUCCCUCCGAGGGAAAUCAACCAAUCGCCUCGUUCCCACCGUGA